CUGGUAUAAAUGCAUUGCAAAUCCUCGGUAGUUGUGCCGCCUGGUAAUCAAUAACAGCCUGUUACUAUCACAGCACUGUGCAUCUACCAUGGGCAACCCAUCAGACAACCAGGAGCUUAACACUGCACAAUGUCCCUACCUGGAGCUUGCUUUGUUGCUUGCCGUGUCCGGCCUUGAUGGACUCAUUGACAGCAGCUUUGGACCAAGUCUACAGGACCUUCAGUGCCUGUACUCCGUGAGUGUUCAGACCAUCAGCACCCUGUUUCCUGUGUACGCUGGCUUCAAGACAGCAGGCAGCGUGCUGUACGUGCCGGUACAUGCAGUGUUCAAUGUGUAUACACUGAUGGUGUUGUGUGUCCUUGUCAGCAGUUGCCUCGUGUUGGUAAUACCCCUCUGUUCCUCAUUCUGGGCGGCUGCAGCUGCAAGUUCUGGCUUAGGACUGACCAGUGGAGUUGUAAACAGUGCUAGAGUUGCAAAGAUUGGUGCAUUAAGCCAGGAGAGUGCUAUUCCCCUCCACUUGAUGGGGAUAGCAAUGUGCGCUGGCAACAUCCUAGGACCAUUGAUUAUCUCCCCUUUUCUCAACAACACAAUCAACCAAAGCAACGCGUCUAACAUGUCAGACUUAUUCGUGACGUCAAUCGAAUGUGGAGGGUCAGACUCAAGAAUAGCUUAUGCAUAUCUGAUCAUUGCAUCAACUGGAACACUACUAGUUAUUGUCUUGGCUGUUUUACGUUAUUGUCUACAAAACAGUCCCAAGCAGGAUUCAGACCAGAAAAACAAUUAUUCCUUUGGAAAGAUGGAAAUUAUUUUUGUCAGCUUCCAAAUAUCUUUAAUAUUCAUGGGAGGCGCCACAAAUUUCGUAUACGGGACCUUACUCUUGCUCUUUGGAACCCGAAGCAGUCUCAGCUUACCAGAGACAACAAUGGCACUGAUGACAUCAUCUUUUUAUGCAGUCACAUUGUUAGGGCGUGUUGGGGGCUUGUUUGUGAGCUUAGUAGUGCGGCAGCUGUGUUUGGUCACAUCGUGUUUGGUAGGGGUUCUAGCUGCAUCUGUUUUUCUGGUAUGUACUGCAGAAAUGAGUUCGGAGUUUUUAUGGGCGGGUUCCCAUUUUCUCGGACUGUGCUAUGCUCCGUUAUUUUCUGCUCUAUUGGCAUGGUGUGUAGAAAAUGUUACAGUGAAUGAUACAUUGUAUGCCAUUUUCAUAUUUUUUGACUUGGCAGGAACGUCAUUGAUAUCCCUCACUAUAGGGCAGUUGAUGUCAGAUUUCCAACCUCAAAUGCUGCAUUAUUCCAUGGCGAUGAUAGCUUUCAUACAAAUACUGUUAUUCCUCUGUCUGUUCUUCUUUGGAAAGUUGCUACGAAAACAAUACAAAGAAGCAUACACACAUCUUGCUGGUACAAAAAGUGGAUAAAAUCCUACAAUGCAACAAUGAUCUGGUUAUAUUUCAACAAAUUUUAACUAAUAUGGUAGAAUAGGUCUUCAGCAACCCAUACUUGCCGUUAAAGUCGCUGACUUGGUUGAUGCAUGUCAUCGAUCCCAAU